CUGACGGCAUCUCUCGCCCUCCCUCAGGCACUAUCCGCCCUGUCCGGCGCAGCUACUACGACCCGUCAUCAGCGCCAGGCAAGGGAGUUGUGUGGGAGUGGGAGAAUGACAGCGGGUCCUGGACACCCUACGACAUGGAUGUGGGCAUCACCAUCCAGCGCGCCUAUGAGAAGCAGCAUCCCUGGGUGGACCUGAGCACCAUUGGCUUCUGCUAUGUCAUCGACUUUGCCACCAUGGGCCAGAUCAACCGGCAGACCCAGCGCAAGCGCCGCGUCCGCCGACGCCUUGACAUGGUCUACCCACUGGUCUCGGGCACUCUGCCCAAGUCACAGUCCUGGCCAGCCAGCCCUGGGGCGGCGGCAGCCCCCCCGGUCCCCGCCUGCGCCUGUCCCCAGUGCCUCUUGGUGAUGAGUGUCAAAGCCACAGUGUCGGCCACUGGCCCCAGCACCGCCACGCUGCAGACCCGCAAAGCCCCUUCUGUGCCACCUGCUGCCCCCAAAGCCGCAGCACCGGCCCCAGGGGCCAAGGCGCCUGACAGUAUGACCGCAGCGCGUGGCUCCCUGAAGCCGCUAGCUGCCCAAGGGGGCCGGCGGCAGGCAGCCAGCACGCCCACCUUGAGCUCAGCCAGCUCCAAUGCCAGCCCCCCUGGCGCCGGCAGUGGGAAGGCAUCCCGUCCUGGCCUCAGCACCCUGAACCGCAGCCACCUCCAGCGUCUGGCCAUUGCCCAGUCCCGGGUGCUCAUUGCCUCUGGGGUCCCCACUGUCCCCGUGAAGAACCUCACUGGCUCCAGUCCCGUCAACCCAGCACUGGCAGGGAUCACGGGGAUCCUGAUGAGCGCAGCCGGGCUGCCCGUCUGCUUGACACGGCCCCCCAAGCUGGUGCUGCAUCCCCCGCCUGUCAGCAAAAGCGAGAUCCAGUCCAUCCCUGGCAUCUCCCACACCUGCCGCAAGACCACCAAGAAACAGGCCAAGAAGGGUAAAACCCCGGAGGAGGUACUCAAAAAAUACUUGCAGAAGGUGCGGCAUCCACCAGAUGAGGACUGCACCAUCUGCAUGGAGCGCCUCUCCGCACCCUCUGGCUACAAGGGACCCCAGCUGGCCAUCAAGCCUGACCUGGUGGGAAAGCUGGCGAAAUGCGGCCACGUCUUCCACCUCCACUGCCUGGUCGCCAUGUACAACAACGGCAACAAGGAUGGGAGCCUGCAGUGUCCCACCUGCAAAACCAUCUAUGGAGUGAAGACAGGGACACAGCCCCCAGGGAAGAUGGAGUAUCAUAUCAUCCCUCACGCACUGCCUGGCCACUCUGACUGCAAAACCAUUCGCAUCAUCUACAAUAUCCCCCCAGGAGUGCAGGGACCGGAGCAUCCAAACCCCGGGAAGAGCUUCACUGCCCGUGGCUUCCCCCGGCACUGCUACCUGCCAGACAGCGAGAAAGGCAGAAAGGUACUGAAAUUGCUGCUGGUAGCCUGGGACCGGCGCUUGAUCUUCGCCAUCGGGACUUCGAGCACCACAGGCGAGUCCGACACAGUGAUCUGGAACGAGAUCCACCACAAGACAGAAUUUGGCUCCAACCUCACUGGCCAUGGCUACCCUGACAUCAACUACCUGGACAAUGUGCUCGCUGAGCUCGCGGCCCAGGGCAUCACGGAGGAGAGCCUGGCACAGGAGAAGGACUGAGACCAUGGAAGGGGGACAAGGGAAGGGGCACCAAUGUCCCCACCCCCAAGGAUAAAGCUGCUGGAGAAACCCCCCUGGGGGGUUUGCAGGGGGCUCCUGGAGCCUCCCGCUCCCGGUGGCACCUGCCCAGUGGGAGGGUCCCCAGGCUGGAGAUGUGGGAGAAGGUCCUUUUGACCAUCCCCUUCGUUCCAUGGGUAGAGAUCCUCCCUCCAUGGAGCCGCGGGGCUUCACACUGGCCUGGCCAUUUUGGCCAGCUGAUGUCCUAUCCCUGCUGCUGCCAUGCUGAGGACUUGGGGGUUUCCUCUCCUUCCUCAUCCAUCCAGCAGUCCCAGACUGGCCUGGUGCCCCUUGACAGCCACUUGGGCUGGGAGUGGAGGUCACGGGAGUCCCCCUCGCUCCGCCUCAUCCCUCAGCCGUUUGUUCAUUCGUUUGUCCUGUCUGGUACCUCCCCACUGGUCUCCUGUGUCCACAGAGGCUGGGGGUGCCCUGUCUCCAUCAGCUCGCCCCCCAGUCCUGUACCCCCUUCUCCUCUUGGCUGUGUCUGAGCUGUGCCCUGCAGGAUCCCCUUGUCUGGGCUGCCCCCCCGCAUCAGGGAGGGGGCUGUGGGUGGUAGGAAGUUGGGGGUGAGGGGGUGGGGCAUGUUUACUGGCCUGUCUCCCACCCCACCUGUAGUGGGUUCCUUGAACUGUUCGUAUGGGGGUGUCCCCGCGUUGAAUUUUUAUAUACCUCAUGUUUUGGGGUUUUGUCGUA